GGUCUUCGCCUACGCAUCUCUUGCUCUCUUUCAUUUAAAAGAAAAGCUCCACUUAUUCGCUGACCAUCGCCGCGUUGUCCCAUAUUUUGACUACUAUUGUCAGUUGACAAUAAAUGCAAUAAGUGCCUUCUUUUGCUUUAACCGUCUUUUUUCCCCUUUUCUGAUUAUUUUGUAGCAUUAACUAUUUUUAUUUUUCUGAGAAGGACCUGCUCGUCUUUUUCCUCCUCUUCCCUUUCGCUUCACUGACCUCCUCUUUUUUCUUUUGACAUACUGCAAACCCAUGCGUCGCUACGCCGUGACUUUGGCACUUCUCGCAGCGCUGUUGCUGUGCUGCGGUCUUGUCGCCGCGGAAGUUACGCCGCAGGUCGCCGCCCCACUGACCUUACACCUCAAGAAACCCGUGUUUGCCCCAGCAGUCGAGAAGCACAGCAGGAAGCUGGAUGACAGGUUCGUGAAGGCGCAGCUGCCUGAAGUGGCUCGGCUCUUUUUCGCAAAUGAAAAGGAGUCAGUCGUGAAGGGCACCGCUACGCAAGAACAGCAACAGCAGCAGCAGCAUCCCGCUCAGCAAAUGGAGUCGGUCGCUGCUGUUACCGAAGACGGAAAGGCGAUUGAGGGGGCACACGAAGACGCAAAGGAGCUUCGUGCCAUCGCCGCCCACGUCUCUGCCUCGACGGGUCCGCACUCGGUUCAUCUGCGUCACCUGCGCCAUCAGCAGAUGUCACGGACGCUGGGGAGGGGGGCCGCGUUGGUGCUCGCAGUCGAUGAUACGACAAACAAGACAACUAACACCUCGUCCCCUGCAUCCAAGCACUCGACGGCGGCUGAGGAGUAUGUCACCGUUCUCUCUGGGGGCGUGAUUGCCUCCGUGACGAUCGCGCUCGUUUUCGCCUGCGCUUUGUUGGUGCUCGUGCUGAUUGAGAUGGUCACCAGCAUCGCCGAGUUUGUGGAACACCGCCGCGUGCUGGCGAGCCACAAAUCGCGGAUCAGCGAUGACCCGGCAGAGCCGAAGUACGGCGACUUCCGCGACACCGCCGUGAAUCUGCAAGUGUAG